AUGAGAGGUUCUCAAUUUAUGGGAUCAACACAGGAACAAGAAUGUUCGGAAGAAUUAGUUUCGCCAUUAUCCCAAGACCAAAAAGAUGAACUCAACAGCAUUCUUGAUGAGUGGUACACCCAUCGGGUGCAGUUGGAGGCGAACUUACAUGGGUUGGCUUGGCACCUUGAUGAGUGGGAGAAGGGGACCAACACAGCGAGUGCAGUUGGUGCCUUCACUGGAAUUGGAGCAGCAGCAGUAAUGGUUGUCGGAGUCAUCUUCCCUCCUCUCUUGCUUGCAGGUCUCGCUCUUGGAAGCGCGGCAGCGGUGACAAAUAUAACCACCAGAGUUGUCAAGGAGGAAAACAUUAAGAAUCAAGUUAGAGCUGCUAUGGCUCUUUUGGAGCAUGAUAGACAAUUAACAAACAGUUUUAUCAACUCUGUCAAGAAAAUCGAGACGGCUACUGUUGCUCGCCUCGGUCGUGCAAGGACUUUUAUGUCCGACCCUCUGUCUGGAGUUGUAAAAGCUGUGACAGCCAUAAGUUUGGCAGAGAAUAUUACCACCGCGGUUAGAACGAUUGAGAACAUCACCAGAGGUUCACGAUCGGAGACGGCAAAUAAGCUUCGCGCACUUGCUGACCAGCUGAGAGGAGAAGCUGAAGAAGCUCGCCGCUUUUUGACUGAGAAUCUAGCCGCUGUAUAG